AUGGCUCUUCGCUUAGCUGGUCGUCGGCUGCCGUCGCUAAGAUAUCUGUCGGCUUUGGCCACUAAUCGCAGUGAUUAUGCGUUUGGCAGCCUCUUAUGCAGCAACAGUAUAAGUAGCAACGCUGGCGGUGCCGAUAACACCUCCAGCGUCAACACCAAGGAAGAGCUAGGCAAGAGCAGCUCCGGAAGUCAUACCCAGGAGGCGCCUGUUUCAGCAGUGCCCAGCGCCCCAACUGGAGCAGGGACCUCGCCAGCAUCUACAUCUCAGCCGACCCCCGUCGAAGAGGACGAAGAGUGGACGGAAGUGGUGCACUCCUCAGGACAGCUAUAUUACUGGAAUCAACGCACAGGUGAGACCACCCGGUUGGGAGAGCCCAAGCCCAACUCGGACCGUGGCAGUGGAGGCGCCGGAGGCGGCGGUGGGCGCCAGCGGGCCAGCGGCGGGUCGGGGGCCCGGACCGAGGAUGGGUACGUCGAUCCCCGGUCUGAGGCGCACUUGGAGGACCGGACGGGCACGUAUGCGGCCAUGGGGGUUAUCAUUGGUGCCUUCCUGGGUUGGGUGUCGCAAUUCGUGUAG